AUCUGUCAACACUCUCAUGCAGAGAUGAGAUCUUGGGGCGCCGAGGCGGUGACCUCGCUUGUCAAAGCUGCCCUCGCCCACAAAUUUGAUCCGCCACUGCACGAAAACUUGCGAUUGCAGUCGUCCAUUCUGUCUCCUCUGCAAGAGCUGUCCUCCAUCUCAUACAACGACAUCCGUCAGAAACAGUUGGAGAGCGUCUCUUACAUACUUCAGAACAACGGGAACAGUCUUCUUCACGGAUGGCCAACUGUCCUCGGAGUCAUUGGAGCUGUGGCUAAAGAGCAUGGAGAGAAGCUCAUCCAGCAAGCCUUCCAGUGUCUGCAGUUGGUGGUCACCGACUUCUUGCCCAUCAUUAGACCUGCCUACCUGCAGGUUGUGGUCCAGGUGGCAGCCAAAUUUGGGCUUCAACAACAGGAGCUCAAUGUCAGCCUGACAGCCAUUGGAUUGCUGUGGAACAUCUCCGACUUCUUCUUCCAAAAUCGACAGCGCAUCAAACAAGACCUGGAUGCCACUGCUGACUCUGACCAUAUCCAGUCAGAAAACCCAGCCAGUGGGGAUAAAAUAAAAAACCCGCCUCCUUUUGAUGCCCUGUGGAUGUGCCUGUUCUCCCAGCUGGGAGAGCUGUGCGUGGACUCACGACCGGCUGUGAGGAAAAGUGCUGGCCAGACCCUCUUCUCCACCAUCUCAGCACAUGGCAGCCUGCUGCAGCACCAGACCUGGCAUAAUGUCCUGUGGCAGGUGUUGUUCCCACUUCUUGAGAAUGUUCAGAAAUACUCAAGCUCAGCUUCUACAACGAGAGACAAAGAAUCCACAGGCAACAUCCUUAUCCACCACUCGCGGGAUACGGCAGAGAAGCAAUGGGCAGAGACUCGAGUGCUAUCCCUCGCUGGUGUCGCUCGUACUUUCAAUGCUAAACGAAAGAUGUUGCAAGGACUAGGAGACUUUCCCAGAGCUUGGUCAUUGCUUCUCGAUCACAUUGAACUAUCAGCCCUGUGCAGGAAUGCAGAAGUUUCCUUAGCAGCCCUGAAAAGCUUUCAAGAAAUUCUGCAAAUUGGCAGAACUUCCAAGAGUCUUGAUGAACCUGAUAUCAUGGGCCAGGGAAUAGCUGUAGUGGAGCCGCAUGGGGAGGUCAUGAGCAGAACAGGGGAGGUAACUGCCAACAAGAAACCAGAGUUGUUUUCCAAAGGACCAAUAUCUGACUCAACAGAUAAUGAUAUCCCUUUGUGGUCAGCAGCUUGGAAAGUAUGGCUAAAUAUUGGGGCAGAAGUGACCAAGCCACCAAAACAGGAUGUAAAGAUGUCAGGCAAAGUUUAUCUACCCUCUCAGAAUUUCCUUACUGCUCUCAUACAGACCUUUCCUCCUUUGUUUGAGCACAUCAAAUCCCGAUUUGUGGCAGCAGACCUCCACAAACUGUCGUCUGUCCUCAGAGGAACCUUAUGUGUUCCAGUCCAAAACGAUGCUUCCCUGUUUAUAAUCCCAUCUUACUCAGAGGUCACUCUGACUCCUCUGCAAGAAGCUUCCCUUGCUGCCAUGGAUACCCUAAUCAAG